GGAAUUUUGGGUUGAAUUUGUGGGAUUUUGAGGGAUUUUGGGUAUUUUUGGGGCGGGUUUUGGCGGCGGGCGGGGCCAGAAGCGAAAGCGAAAGCGAUGGCGCGAGCGCGGCUCGUCCUGACGGCUCUGUUCCUGUUUUGGGGGGGGGUCGCGGUUUUUGGGGACCCCCCCCGGGCCCUGCGCUGCCCCCUGCUGGACGAGAGGGGCACCCCCACCCCCCGGGGGGCCCUGCUGAGGAUUCUGGGGGGUCCCGAGACCCCCCCGAGCCCCGAGACCCCCCGGGACCCCCUGGAGAAAAAUUUCGAUGUCAGAGACCCCUGGGGGGUCCUGGAAGGAUUUUGGGGCCCCUCGGGGGAGCCCCCCCGGUGCGAGCUGAGCCCCACGGCGCCGCUGCCGCCACCCCCGGGCUCGGGGACGGCCCCAAAGUGUCCCCAGGGGACGCGCUGGUGGCUGCUGGCCCUGGGGACAUCGGGCAGGGAGGGGACGGCGCUGCUGCAGGAGGGGGAGGGGGACACGGACAGAGUGACAGCCUCCCUGUUCAUCUCCACGCUGUCCCCCACCGUGCGGGGGCUCGUGGGGUCCCCCCAGAGCCUGCACUGCGCCCUGACCCCCGACCCCGGCCCCUUCACCCUCGAGUGGCUGCACCACCGCGACGGCGCCACCCGCCGCCUGCUGGCCUUCGACUCGGCCACCGCCCGCGUCACCGGCGCCGCCCCGGGGGUGCUGCUGCUGCUGGGGGGCCGGGACCCCUCCUCAAAUUCGGGGGGAGAUGUCGGGACACAGCCGCCGGGGGGCGCCCUGGAGCUGUCGGUGCAGCUGCCGCCGCUCUCGGUGUCUGACGGCGGCUCCUUCGUCUGCUCCGUGAGCACGGCCCGGGGACAGGUGCAGCAGGUGCUGCGGAUGAGCGUGAUGGCCCCCCCCCAGGUAUCCCUGCUCCCGGCCCAGCUCCCCGCGGGGCUCCCGGCCGAGCUCCGCUGCGACGCCGUUGGCUUUUUCCCGCUGGACGUUGGGAUCCGCUGGGAGCGCCGGGCCCGGGGGGAGCCGCGGCCGCUGGAGCCGAGCCCGGGGCUGGCCUGGAGCUCCGGGCACCGCAGGGCGGCCAACGGCACCUUCAGCCGCAGCGCGGGGCUGCGCGUGGCCCUGGGGACACCCGGGGACAGCUACAGCUGCCUGGUGACACACCCGGCCUGGGACCGCCCGCACAGGGUCACCGUGCACGUGGCAGGUGACAGCGGGCCCAGCGUGGAGGACAUGGCGGGGAUGGCCCUGGUGGCUUUUGUCAUCGGGGGGCUCUGCCUGCGCCUGUGGCCCCCGGAGGGGAGGUGACACCGGCUGUCCUCGAUGUCCCCAAAUUUCCUCAAUGUCCCCAAAUGUCCCCAAAAUAAACGGGGUGGUGACAUUCCCACCGCCAACAAAC